GGAGCCACUGACAGCAUAUUGCACUCAUUUUGUCAUGUGAGAAGAGUACAGCUAAUGUCUUUAAUUCUAAGUGACAAGUUGACGCCUUUAAAUAUUUGAUGCCGCAUAUAAAUGCACAUAAAAUGUAUUAUGCAAAUAUUCUACAAUCUAUUGCAGAACAAAUUGUGACGAAAAUGGAAUAAAAUGAGUGCAAUUUGUGACAAAUCUGUACUAUUAAUAAAAUCCAUAGUAUAAUGUUUGCAAAACGGAAAAUAGAUCCAGAGCUGGAGAAGCUAAGAAAUGAAGUAGCUGGACCACCUAACUUAGAUACGAUCAUCUUGAACAUUCAGAAAGAGUCAUCGCGCAUUCACGCUGCAUACUUGUUCGAGCAUAUUGGCAAAGCUACGCUGCAGAAACUAUGCCUGCUACUGAGCUCCACAGCAACUGGAAAGAUGUACGAUGGAUGGCAAGAAUUUGCAGCACACAUGGGCCUGACGAUGGAGCAGAUACGUUGCAUAGAUUACGACUUCAAGGGACUCCAAGAUCCAACGUAUUACGUGCUUCUGACUUUUGUGCAAUCUCCGGAGGCAACAAUAGACAAAAUUGUGAGUGCUUUACAAAAGAUGCAACGUCUCGACGUGAUAAAUCAAAUAAAGGAUUACGUGCAGGACCUAGUCAGUGUUACGUCGCAACAUGCCAUGAGCGAUGGAUCUGAAAUAAUUCAACCUGGUCAUAUACCAAGAGCACCAUUGGUUCUAAGUCCUGUGUUGACAGGAUUCGAAAACCAAACGAAAGAAAUCGAAUCGAAAUGCACACCACAAGAUAAUUUGCAGAAGCAUAAUAAACAGACGUAUGGCUGCAUAGUUAUGCUGACUUUUGCGGAGGAUGGUUUGUCAACUGCGGAGUCUAUUACGAAAAUAUUCAGAUCCAAGCAGCCGCGAAUCGGCGUGCUUAUAUUGCAAGAGCAAGAGAAAGGCGUCUACAGUCGAGCUGAAGAAUUCAUAGACGAUUGCUUUAAGCAGGUUGAUUACAUUAUACCAAUUCUAACAAGAGGAUACAUCGAAAAAAUAAAUAAUCCUACGAAAAUGUAUGAAGAAAUGCAUAACAGUCUGGAUACAAAAUACUUGAAGUACAUAUAUUCCUUGUUGAGAUAUGAAUAUGUGAAAAAUCAGUGUUGCAAUAAUCGCGUGAGAUGUAUCGUACCUGAUAAGGAAGUUUACACCAUUGUGCGAGCAUGUCUCCAUCCUACGCUACAAGCGUGGUUUCGUGAAAGUGAUAUUGAUGGUUUUGUAAGCAAUAUUCUUUUUCGGAAGUUUUAAUGAAAAUACCAAAAAAUACUUAGGAUAAUAAAAAAAUUCCAUAAGUGGCUCUUGAUAACUCAUACUUAUGUUAUAAUAUUGAUAUUUUUAUCAUGUUAAUGAAAUAAAAGAAUCUUGUUUAUUUUUUAA